CGCACCAGCAAUCGCUCCGUACGCGAUACAGCACGCUACAACAAAAUACCAAGCAAGUCUAAAAACUCCAGAGGAGGCGGUGGAGGUGGACGCCGCAACGCAGCAGCAGCUAAACUACUAAAAACAGAUGCCGAAUCUAAUUUGCCUGAUAGCGCAACUUAUGAUGAGGACGACGAUGACGACGACGAAGAGGUCGAUGAUAUUUAUGAUUAUCACGAUGAUUGCGAAGAGAUGAGUGUGGGGACGCCGUUGGAUGAAGACGAAUAUGGUAAUGAACGGCGUAUGCCCACGGUAGACUUCAGGAAUACGGCAACCACAGCAACAACAGCAGCACAAGCAAUGCCCGCGAUGAAGGAUACAGCAACAAAGGACACAGCAACGACGGCAAUGCUGGGUGAUAUCGAUGACAUCGAAUACUAUUGCCGUGGCACAAAAGCCGCACUGCAGCCACCACAGCAGCAGCAGCAGCAGCAGCAAUCGCGACAUCAGUCAUUAACAAAUGGCAUUGGCGGCGCGUUUGAUGCCAAAGUGCCCGCAACUACGGCGACAGUAAAUGCAAAUAGCGUUAAGGAAAUGACUGAGCUGCAGCAAAUUGUGCGAUUCGCACGUAAAUCGAGCAGUAAUAGCAGUAGCCUCAACCGAAAUGUGCCACCACGGCUGCCAUUUUUGAAAGGAACCGAAAAGCAAGAGCAACAACAGGCGCAGCCUCAACAGCAGCAGCAACAACAACAACAACGCACAGC